AUGCCAGCGGCACUCAUGACCCGCGCCGGCUUCCUAAAAUGCAGGUGCUCGACGGUAUAUGCGGCCGGUCUUCUUCGGCCGAGGAUUCACUUCGCCGCCCGACCUUUGUUACGAUCUCUCAGCUCUGUAGCGCAUAACACAUCGCAGAAAUAUGUCCCGUCUUAUGAAAAUGGCGUUUCAACUCGAAAAGCGGAAUAUCUUACCUCGCCCCUGAGUCUGCGAGAGUCCAUUGACCCCAUGGUGGCCGCUGAUGGAGCAAACAGCCAUGGCAAUUUGGACGACUCUCGUUCGAGACAUCAUGUCGCCAGAUCAGAUGGAAACAACUUACACAAAAAGCAGCUGCCCUCGAGUCAUCAUAAUCAUCCCAGAAGAAAGUUGAAAGCAAAGUCACAUUCUCCGAAACGACCUUCCUUUGUCAGAAAGAGGCGCUAUACGAUCACAUACAACAGGCUGUACCGCUCUCCUGCGCAAGGAGCACAACCUACCAACCGAUUCUCAGCCGUGGACAAGGCAGCUUCGAAACCAGAUGAGCCAUCACAAGAAGCUUCUCGAGAAUUAAAGAACCUGCGAGAGAUGCACUCGCAAUGGGGCUACGUUCGGCAUCGACAUCCUGAUUCUCAACGGCAAUCUGCCCGUAAAGACUUUACAUUUUGGAAGACCAAAUUCUUCCAAGUUUCCAGACCAGAUAAGCCGGAAGACCCAAAGCUACCAUACCCAUGGCGCGAUAAUGCGAAGUGGCUCUUUGAGCUCAAUGGUGUUCGUAACAUGCAUCAGGCUUGGAAAGCCCUCGAGAUUGAAGACUGCCGCAAACAGUGGCCUUUGAUUAUGCUUUCGACGCUGGAUCGUUGCCCCGACAAGGCACACAUGGUGUUGGAAGCUACCUUGGAUCCUUUGCCACCAGGGUAUGCCAUUAACGACGUGCUCCUCUUUGUUGCACAGCGUCUGCGCCUAAGCAGCAUCAGAAACGUGCGUGAGCGGACCCUUAGAGCGGAAGAAGUGCUGGAAUUGGUGGCGAAAAUUCUAGAGGACGCGCCUACGGGACAUGUGCCCCUUGGGCAACGGACAGCCGGUCUCCUUGCACGCGAACUACCAAGUGAACAAGCAAACGAACUGUAUAGCUUGCUGCAGGGGGCCAACAUUAAGCUGCACCCAAACACGUUGCUACAGUUUGCGGGCAAAUUGGCCAGCGACAUGGCACAUAAAGACACGGCGUUUGCGAUUCUCAAGGGACUCGCCGACAGCGGGAUAGAUCUCAAUGCGCCCAGUCCGUCCAGCGCGAUUACUACGCUGCUACAUUGCCGAAUAGCCCACGGUGGUUCGUCAGAGAGCAACUCAUCCUUCUCGGCCAAGGAUACUCUGGAGUAUUUCAUGGACAGGGGUUUCGUACCCAAUGUCAUCAAUGCAACUGCCUUCCUCGACUCUUUAUGCCAACAGGGAGAAGUUGAAGAGGCUAUACGGCUGGCAUUAUUGUUUUCCGAGUCUGGCGUCCAGCUAGAUACCAAAGCCUGGUCCACCAUUUUCAGGGGUGCCAAGGGGAGCCUCAGAGUAGAGAACGUGGCGAAGAGUUUUGAUGUUGCGAAAGCGGCCAAUGCGCCCUACGUGGAUGUGCUUAACAAUGCCCUCCAUGCCGUGUUUUACUUUGCAGAGAUGGAAUCCCGCGUGAAGAGAUGCGCUGUACCUUGGGUCUAUCCCUUGUUUGGUCCGAUGCUGCGAGCAUAUGCAAAAAAGUUUGAGUUGGAGCCACUACAGUGGUGGCUGCCCGACUCCUUACCCCUGAUGCUAACACAGACGACGGGCAACGACGGGGAGAAGUUUGACAGCAAUGACCCGCGCAGGUGGGACUUUCUGGAAACCAUCGUUCCUCUCGCCGAGAAGUCCUUUUCCGCGCAAAGUAAUCGGCCGAAGCUACAGCCUAAUACAACGACGAUAGCCAUCAUGCUAAGAGCCUAUGUCAAGACACUGCAGAACCCAUAUGACCUUAUGGCUUUUUAUGCAUUCUUCAAGGCUCGCCUUGAAGAGCAAGGCGGAAAAGACGGCUUCGCCACUCAGCUGAUCGAUGACCAGGGCAGCCUUAUCCACGAUACUAUCAUCAUGGCCAUGACGGAAAGACGAGGGCUAUCACGGCCUGCGCUACAGAUUUUUGGAGACAUGCUGAAAGACCACUUGCAAAGAAAUGCGACAGAGGGCACGGAGAGAAGCGCCGCAGCUCCAGUCCAUCCACCCCCGGGCCUGUGUACAUUCAGUAUCCUUGUGCGCGGCCUAUUCAACAGUGGCGAUCGGAUUUUGGCUGAGCAAGUGAUUCAUGUUAUGAAGGAGCAAGGUGUUGAGCCAAACCUUGUGACGUGGAACACUCUUACGAAGGGGUAUGCGGCAAUGCAGAACAUCAACAAGACAGUGUCUACCUUGCAGGAUAUGGAGGCAGCGGGCUUCAAGCCUGAUCUAUUUACUUUCAAGGCGUUUGGGAAGCUGAGGAACCAGGGGCGGGCACUAGAGAUGAUGGAAGGCAUCAUCGACGUGAAUAGACAAAAGAUUGCGGGCGAGGAUCUGUAUGAAUAA